CCCUGCGAGUGGUACCACCGAGUCUACAAGAGCCUCUGCCCCAUCUCCUGGGUUCAGAAAUGGGAUGAUCAGCUGGAGGCCGGAACUUUUCCCGGGAAGAUCUGAGCCGUUCGAGCGUUUCCCGUCUCCUGUCAUCCUCUCAAUGUGAAAAACUGUCAGAAGAAGCAGCUUAAAUAAAUGAACUGUACUGUGAA